UUAUUCUGGUGCACAGGUUCGCUACCUUCCUUCUAUGAAUGAAUUAUUUACCGAGCACUUGAUUGUGGUCGGGCCUCGUCAAGUUUCCUAGUCUGCGUGGUAAUGAAAAAUAGCAUUGCAUUCCCCUAAAGAAUUCUGACAAAUAGCCUCGAGGCCGUAGGGCCGACUGGUCAACCCUGGAAGCAAGUUUCCAUUCUACUAUUGAGCAAUGAGUGGUUAUUUAGGCGACUUGAGCCUGACUCAAGAAAAAUCACUGAACGAAUUCAUAGAGUUAUUAUCAAAGGAAACACAAGCUGACGAGAGAACGCUGUUGCGGUUUUUACGAGCACGGGGGUUUGAUGUUCAAGCAGCGUACAAGCAAUACUUAUCUACAGUCGAGUGGAGGAAGAAAAAUGGCAUUGAUAGCAUCCUUGAUAAACCUAGACCACUGGAUAAAGAGUUUCGCGAGGUGAUGUCUUGUGGUUUCCACAAGCAGGACAAGGAAGGACGCCCGUGUUACAUCGAAUAUACCGGAAGAACUGAUGUAUCGGCCCUGGUCAAGCUUCCGGUUGAUCAAGUUAUUAGACGUCAUAUAUGGAACUGCGAGUAUCAGAUAGCAAGAAUGGCGGAGUUGUCGCAGAAUUCGGAUACGGUGGUAGAAACGAUGGUACACAUCCACGACAUGACAGGAGCGUCUAUUGUCCUGAGAAAAGCGCUAAACAUUUUCAAGAGACUAGCGAAGUUGGACCAGGAUCACUACCCGGAAAGAAUGGGAAAAAUAUUUAUUGUCAACACCCCAUGGGUUUUCCCCGUAUUGUGGAAGAUCGCGCGCGUAUUCCUAGACCCCAAGACACGAAGCAAGUGCGUGGUUCUCAAGUCCAGCGAAAACCCCAAACUGCUCAACUAUUUCUAUGCGGCGGACCUCCCCGAGGAGUUCGGUGGGUGCUGCCGUUGUGAGGACGGGUGCUUACCCCCUAUUCCAAAGCAUAUGAGAAACAUUGCGGAGGCCCCCACUCUGAGGGAACAGUCUAUCGGACCUAAAAAAUCGUUUGAGAAAAGUGAGGAAUGUAAGAACGACGGUGACUCGAUAGCAUGGUACUUCAAAACGUCUAGUAAAGAAAUCAAAUUUGGAAUUAAAUUUAAGCCCAGGCCCCACUCUGGUUGGAAAGACCGGAUGAAUGAUAUUCCAGAGGUCUGGGUCGAGGAUCUCAAUUUUGUUACUGAUUUCGAGGGUCCUACCACAGGGUUCUACUCGCCGCCGUGCCCAGGAAUGUGUACACUUGUUUGGGAUAACAACGACAGCAAAUGGCUUUCCAAAACUAUCAAGUAUCACGUGAUGGUCACGGAAGCCGAGGUUGAUUCCGAUGAUGAGAAAUCGCAGUCUAACGGGACCCUUCACAAACGGACCGGCGGUGCCAAGGAUUAACAAUAAAUCCAGACAACUAAGGUGUCUGCGUUUCCCUCGCGUUUCCCUAAACCAGGAGGGCAUGGGGUAUAAGUUUUGCAAAUAUCGGUUAAAAUCCUUUAUUUCCACUAGAAAUAUUACCUUUUAUUUAAUGGUAGAUACGCGGGGUGAGUGCGGCCGAUGACAAUUUAUAUACAUCAUUCUCAUAAAUGACAGUAAGGAUAAUAAUUUUUGAAAAAUAAUUUUACUUUAGCUUUCAAAUACAGAUCACUAAUGUAGCAGAUAAAGAAUUAGAUAUUUUUCUAGACUCAGCUAUUUAUUCGACCUUGAAUAUUGAGCCGCGGCAUUGAAUAAAAAACAACUGAAAUAUC